AUGAGCAGGUUCGGGGGUCGCAUGCGCGAGUACCCGGCUGUGUCCAUCGACCGCUUCGACCACCACAACCUGCGGGCGCGCGCCUACUUCCUGUCCCACUGCCACAAGGAUCACAUGAAGGGGCUGAGGGCGCCCGCCAUGAAGAGGAGGCUGGAGGGCAGCUUGAAAGUUAAAUUAUAUUGCUCACCAGUAACUAAGGAACUGCUGCUGACUAGCUGGAAAUACAAGUUUUGGGAGAACCACAUUGUUGCAUUGGAGGUUGAAACUCCAACUCAGAUUUCUUUAGUAGAUGAAACAUCUGGUGAGAAAGAAGAUAUAGAGGUGACACUCCUCCCAGCUGGUCACUGUCCAGGAUCAGUCAUGUUUUUGUUUGAAGGUGAAAAUGGGACUGUGCUGUAUACAGGGGAUUUCAGGCUUGCAAAGGGAGAAGCAGCCAGAAUGAAGCUUUUGCAUUCAGGGACAAGAGUAAAAGACAUCCAGAGUGUGUAUUUGGACACCACUUUUUGUGAUCCCAAAUAUUAUCAUAUACCACGCCGGGAGGAAUGUUUAAAGGGGAUAUUAGGGUUGGCACGAAGCUGGACCUCGCUGAGUCGUUAUCAUGUUGUGUGGCUGAAUUGCAAAGCUGCUUAUGGAUAUGAAUAUUUAUUCAUAAACCUCAGUGAGGAACUUGGAAUCAAGGUGCAUGUAAACAAACUUGAUAUGUUUAGAAACAUGCCAGAAAUCCUCUGCCAUAUCACUACAGACCGAGACACUCAGCUCCACGCCUGCCGACAUCCUCGGGAUGAUGAAUGCUUUAGAGGGAACAGACUGCCCUGUGGGAUGACUCGCCAAAAUGGAACUCCCUUGCGCAUAAUCAGCAUCAAACCCUCCACUAUGUGGUUUAGAGAAAGGAGCAAGAAAACCAAUGUAAUAGUGAGGACUGGGGAGAGUACAUACAGAGCUUGUUUCUCUUUCCACUCUUCAUACAGUGAGAUUAAAGAUUUCCUGAGCCAUAUCUGUCCUGUGAAUGUGUAUCCCAAUGUACUGCCCUUGGGUGGGACAGAAGACAAAGUUGUGGAAAUAUUAAAGCCAUUAUGCAGGUCGUACAGGGGGAAGGUGGAACCCAGGUACAAGCCCUUAGGAACACUGAAGAGAGUCCACAAGAGAGACUUACCUGAUACAGAUGAAGAUGAUCUCUUUGAUCCAGACUUAACUUCUUCUAGGCCCAAGAUUCCAAAACAUCAGAUAGAAGAGAGCAGGCCCUCCAGCACAGGACAAUCUGAAAAUGCUGAAGGAAACAUUAAUGAGAGCACAGAAAAUUACAAAGCAACCACAACUUACACCUCCCUCAAGGUAGAUUUCAUGGACUGUGAGGAGUCAAAUGAUGAUGAUGAUGAUGAUGAAGAAGAAUCUGAACAAAAUACAGUUCAAGUUCUUUCCCCUAAGCCAGAUGCAUCUUCCACAUCUAACUUCAAUGGAGUAACUAGUGACCAGCAGGUGUCUAAUGAUGACAUCCCUCGCUGGGAUGCAUUUUUUAAGUGUAACAAACUAGAUGAAAGCUCUGAAAAUGAGGAGAACUUCCCAUCUUCAGCAGAUGCUGGUGGGUCCCAGUCACUCUUCAGUGAUUCAGAUGGAGUAAGUGACUCAACACACAUCUCCUCCCAAAAUUCCUCUCAGUCCACACACAUCUCGGAGCAGGGGAGCCAGGGCUGGGAUAGCCAAAUGGACACAGUACUCAUUACCUCCCAAGAGAGAAAUGCCCUGGACCUGAGCAAGGGUGGGAGCAGAACAGUUGUUUCUGUACUGCAGGACACUGCCAAAGACAGUCAAUCUGACAGCAAGAUGUGCAAGCCACUGUCUCAAAAUGGGUUUUGUGCCUACGAUGUUGCCUGUGACCUUAAAAGCAAAGACUGUGAGAAAGAUGCAGAAGCUGCUGAUGUUCCAGAUGGGCAGGUGGAAAUAAGUAACAACUCUGAGACUCCUGAUCUAGAACUGAGGAGAGAAUCCCAGAGCUCCUCUGACUUUGAAAUUCCCUUGACUCCUGGUGCUGAAGCACCUCAGCCAGAUAAACUGCACUGCUUGUAUCAGAAGCUGGCAGCAGGUGAGAGCAUCCUCAGUGAGAGAAAAGUUUCCUGAAGAUGGGUAUAACUGAUGCUCACAGUAACAAACACUGACAUUUGUUUAUUAAACCAUGAACUGUUUUUUUUCCUA